UGUUCAGAGUAUCAAUUGGUGAUAGAUGCCACUUGCUCCAGUACAGUGCUGCCCCCCUAGUUGGUGAAAGAAAUGUGAAGUGAUCCCUGGUCAGUCAUUUCUUGUCCCAGUUUGUGUAUUCUCAUUCGCGAUCGGAAGACUCGUUCACGCUCGUUGGUAGUAAUUCCUGCAAAAUCGACGACCUCUCAUCGUUCAAGUGCUUUUCUCACACUCGAAUUGUCCACCAUUCAGAUUGUGAGUCCUCUGUGUUAUCUGUAGGGCGUCUAUUUGCUUAGCAUCAAGUUUAACCUGCAACAACGUAGAGUUUGUCGAGAUUUCGAGCAUCAUGCCUUCCAUGGAAGACAGGCGUGUUCUGGAUUUGCCGCUGGAGCGUGCUUGGAAGAUAGGCAAGAAUUCGUUUGAGAUCCUUCCACAGCUGAUGCCUGAAUACUUCGAAAGCAUUGAUCUGGAAGAAGGUGAUGGCGGUCCUGGAAGCGUUUUUGUUCUUACGAUGGGGCCUGCAAUGCCAGGGGGAAGGGGGAGAGUUGUGAGGGAGAGAGUGGACAUGCGGGAUGACGAUAGGCACAAACUCAAGCACACUACCAUAGAGGGAGGUGACCCCCGGUACAGCAGCUUCUCAUCCAGCAUCAAAUACGAAAGCGGGCCCUACAGAAACACUACCAUCCGCACCUGGACUGCAAAAUACACACCAGCACCUGGAGUGUGGGCACCCCCUCCGGAGGAUCUCAAGGGCCUCUCAGAGAAGAUAACUGAGACUCUUCACAACUACGCAGCUGAGAAUCCUGACUACUGCGCAUAUUAGAACCUUCCAGAACCAGGAAUCCGAGAAGGAUGCAGACGGAACUCACGAGUAAGAUUUUAACAGUAUAUGUAUGUAUUACGUGCAUCAUAUCUUUAACUGCUGUUAAUGGCUAGAACCUUGUAUGUUGUAAUUGAACGGCCUGUCCGAAAGUUAGGUUUCUUUCGCCUCCAAAUACACAGAUAUGCAUGUGAAAGACAACUGUGUAGCUGUUUUGGCUGGCAGGAAACUAAAACCUCGAGAGGUCUAAAUUAGAAGCAGGUCUUUGAAAGAGUUGGAUGUCAAGUGCUUCUCUUUAAUUCGAGUAUAUAUUGCCGGUCACCA